AUGUCGCUCCGAUCAUUUCAUUAUAUUCCUCUAAACCUGAUUUUAAUAUGCCUAUUCACCGUCUGCGAAUUAAAGAAAACCGAAAAUGAAGUACAGGAAGUUAUAUACUCAAAUUCCAUUCGAGCGCUGUCUGAACUUCGCGAGAUUGAGAACUCCUAUAUGGAACAUUUGAAUAACUAUGUUAGCUCUCUACAACAAGAAAUAAAGGCUCUCAGAAUAGUUAUUAACUCUAUAACUCAGAAUGAUCUGGACCACAAAAUGGAUCGAUAUAAAUAUGUAUCCAAUCUCCUAUACUCAUUUGGUCUUGUAAGGCGAGCUCAUGAAGAUUGGCCAAAAUUGAAUUCUUACUUAAGAGAUGAAGGAAAUUUAAUAGUUCUUCUCGAGAAAACGAGUAAGCUUGUCAAUCGUACACCCAACGCACAUGAUAUGGAAGAGGCCCUAAUGGGAAUGGAUAGAAUAGAGCACUUCUACGACCUGAAGUCAUCGGACAUGGCACAGGGACUUGUUGCAGGUCAACAGCUAGGGUCGCGAAUGUCUGCACCUGACUGCAUGGCUCUAGCAGAUUAUUUGUACAAACGAUCCGAGUUUGGACGUGCGGCUGAUUGGUAUCGACUAGCAUUAAGUGUAUUUAGCAAGCCACAAAAUAAUAUGGCAUUUAAAUUCUAUGCUCCAAAACGAGAAGAUCUCCGAAAAAUGUUUGUGAUAAGUCGGCUUCAAGAUGGUUCCGUUGAUAACUUAAGUGGCUAUCUGAAGGAACUAUAUCAAGACCCGGAGACUCCAUUGGUGCAUUUAAGGCCACGGAAAUCGCCCACUGCAAUUGAACUGGGCUGCCGGGGAAAGUUUCCACCAGGUCCUCAACUGGUGUGUCGCUACAACAGCACCACCACUCCAUUUAUGCGAAUAGCUCCUCUGAAGGAGGAGGAGAUCAGCAGGGAUCCACUUAUCUGGCUAUAUUACGACGUGAUCUAUGACAGUGAGAUCGCUCAAUUGACGAAUUUGACCCGAGAAGAGAUGACUCUGGGCACCACCAAUAACUAUACGACUCCAGAUCGGGUAAGUCGCCUCUUCCACUUCAAAGUCACCGACGACGAUGGCGGCAAGUUGGACAGGACGAUGGUGAAUCGCAUGGCGGACAUAUCGGGCCUCGAUGUGGGCAAUGCCACCGCGUUGGCCAGAAUCAAUUAUGGACUUGGCGGUUAUUUCCAGGAACACAGUGACUACAUGGACAUUAAGCUCCAUCCGGAACUGACUGAGGAAGGGGAUCGACUAAUGACAUUCGUGUUCUAUAUAACCGAUGUUCCAGUGGGUGGUGCCACCAUUUUUCCCGCAGCCAAACUGGCUAUUCAACCGCAGAAGGGAUCCGCCCUCUUUUGGUACAAUCUCCACAAUAAUGGUGACCCAAACCCGCUGACCAGGCACGCUGUUUGUCCCACAAUUGUGGGCAGUCGAUGGGUACUAGUCAAGAGCAUGUUGAACUACGAGCAGAUGUUCAAGAAGCCCUGCUACAAGUGAACCAAUCCUUUGAGCAUUAAAACCACAAAAAUUAUCAUUUCUAAAUCUA